GCAGCCACCCACAACAGAAGCAGUCGCCUCCAUGGAGCUCCCAGAGCAGCUGCCAUGGAACCACUCAGGACUGCCUUCUGAUAACACAUCUACCUGCUCUGAGAGUGCAGAUUUCCAAUAUAUCCUGUUCCCUGUGGUUUAUAGCUUAGUGUUUCUCCUAGGUCUGGCUGGGAAUCUCUUUGUGCUGGGCUACUUCCUUCGGACCAAGUCAGCCACUGCCCCACCCAAUGUCUUCCUGGUGAAUCUGGCCACCAUUGAUUUACUUUUUGUGCUUACCUUGCCCUUCCGCAUCACUUAUCAUGCCCGCCAUAAUAACUGGACCUUUGGGGAAGCCCUCUGCAAAAUUACAGGCUGCCUGUUUUUUGCCAACCUCUAUGGCAGCUCUCUCUUCCUGGCUUGCAUCUGCCUAGAGCGCUACGUAGCUGUGGUACAUCCACUGAAGCACAUUCAGUUCCGGCAGCUGCGCUACCGUGUGGGAGCUGCCUUGGGAGUGUGGCUGUUACUCAUUGUGGCCAUCCUGUUUCUGGCCCUCCGUGGGUCCCUGACCAGCCCCUUUGCAGAUGGCCGCAUUGCGUGCCUUGAAAACUUCUCCUCCAGUUCCUGGAAGGGGCGCAUCUCGGGCAUCAGUAUCUUUGCUGCUGUGGUUGGCUUCCUGCUGCCUCUUCUUUUGAUUGGUGUCUGCUACCCUCUGAUUGCCUGGCGCCUACUGGCUUCUCCUGGAGUGCAGUCAAGUUCCCGAGCAGUGAGACGCAAGGCCCUGCGGACAGUGCUGGUGGUCCUUGGUGUUUUCCUGAUCUGCUUUGCACCUUAUCAUGUUGUACAGCUGGUUCACACACUGGGCCGUGUGGGUGUCCUAGGUGGCUGCCCCCUCCUCCGUACCACCUACGCGGCUCGUCGCAUCACUAUGGCGCUGACCAGCCUUAAUGCCUGCCUAGACCCAUUGGUUUAUUACUUUGCUGCUGAGCGGUUUGCUUGGCAACCAGGCUGGUGGAAGUGUGGCUGUUGUCAGCCAGAAAGCCCCCAAUGGCCUCUGGGGCUCCCCCGGUUGAUUUUCAGCAAGGCCUCUUCCUCUGGAGAAACCACGAGGACUGACACAGAGCAGUAAGCAGAGAAACUCUGUCCCUUAACUUUACAAUCUGCUUCGUUCCCUCUGCAUGAGAUGAAUGGAGACAUUUAUCAUAGUUACAUGGGUGUGAAUGUCCUGCUUGUGCAAAGAAUGGACCGGAAAUGAGUGAGCAAAGGAGUCUCAAGAUGGCUUUUAUCCGCCUUUACAUGCUUCCAGACAGAUGACCUAUCAAAGGAUGUGAUGUGAUUACUACUUUUUUCAUUGUGAUGUUUUUACAUGAGACUUUUCUUGUGCAUUGCUUUGCUGUAUCUCUGAGAAUUUUGGGGGAAUAGAUGUUCUUUACCAGUUCUUCAAAUUAUUUUUCUUAUUCAAAAGUCUUUUAAGUAGGGGAAGGCAGAAUGCAGGUAGUCCUUGAUUUAUGGCCACAGUUGGGACCAGAAUUUCUGUUGCUAAGUGAUGUGGUCAUAAAGUGUGAUAUCACAUGACUGCAUCGCUUAGUGAUGGCAAUCCCAGCACUUCCCAUUGCCACCAUUAACCGAAUUCCACUGGUCGUUAGCUGAGAACCCACCUGAAUCCAAGCCAUUUCAGGCUUGGUCUCUCCCAGCCCAAAAAAUCCCGCCCCCCUCCUCUCCAACAGGCCCAAAAACCUGAAAUUAAGGAGCUAUUAAGCUGAGUCACUCCAAGACACAACUUCCUCCUCCACUUCCUGGUUAGGGUUGUCAGGUUCGGUCAGCACGGGGCUUCGGGGA